AUGUUUGGCAACAGACCGAACGCGCAAAAACCCAAAGAGGGUCUCAUCAAUCAAUUUCAAGCAGCUUUUGCUGAUGUGGUCCGUCCCACCAUCAAACAAAAUUCUCUUGCAGGGCCCGCCAUAAACCCCGAUCAGAACCACGUUCAGAUCACCCCUAGCCUUCGUUUCACGCCCUUUCUCGAUGAUCACUGUCUUCCUACGCCGAAAACACCUGCCUACAACAAUAAUAUUUUCGAUGACUUGAAUAAAUUGUAUCAUGGCCCCGCCGGAGACCUACACACCCCAACCGUGGGGUCAAAUCUGUUGACACCCAAAACGCUUCUCGAACAAUUUGCAGUUACCCCUCUGCCUAGAAACCCGGCAGGAAUUGCUUAUGACAGCUUAGACCCACUAUUCUUUGCAAGAGAGUCUCAGAGCAUGGACUGGGGUAACCCGAGCGCCGCGUAUCCACCCAGCGCAUUCGUUCACUCCGACCUGGCCGAUGGUUUUCUCGAUGAACCAAGCGAACAAUUUCUUCCGAGUGAUAUGGGUAACCAGGAACCAUUGGUCUCUCAGCUCAAUGUUCCACAAGAGAGCGAGACAAAUGUCGACAAUUCUCCUAGCGAGGGUCAGAACGAUUUCAGGUACCAGGUGACAUUGAACACACCCACAGCGAUGAUUCAUGAUCCAAAUGACACCCCAGUGACCUACCUCAAUAAAGGGCACCAAUAUACUUUAUCGGUAAGCGAUUCAACACCUCCGUUAGUCAACGGAUUGGUCCAUUAUCGAACCUCGGUCCGCGUAUCCUUCGAAGAGCCUGAGCAUGUAGCAAACCCUGCUGCUUGUUGGAGCCUAUGGACGGGGGCACGGGGCCAUGAGGGGAAUCAGGAGAAUGGAAAUAAGCAUGCGGUAGAAAUGGUUGAUUUAGUGCAAGGAAAUAAAGACCCAAGCUAUCCUGUUCAUCUAGAAAGAACAUCGCUUGAUGGCUUUUGUGUGACAUGGUGUGCAAAUCCUAGCACGGGAAGAUCAGGUUGCACAAUAGGGAUCCGAUUUAAUUUCCUCUCAACGGAUUUCAGUCAUUCAAAGGGCGUGAAGGGGGCCCCUCUCAGACUUUGUGCUAAGACCGAGACGGCCCUUCCAGGUACUGCUGAGUCGAGCUUUUGCUAUGUGAAGCUAUUCCGCGACCAUGGAGCUGAGCGGAAAAUGUUCAACGACGUUUCUCAGCUGAAACGAGCCAUUGAAAAACGCAAGCAGGACUUUCUCAAAGCUGAAAGUGGGGACAGCCUUGGAAAGCGAAAACGGGGCAGUCGCUCGGUCUAUAGCAACGACCAGAUCCCGGAAAAGGAGCGAAAGGCUGAAUUGCGCAGUCGAAUGGAUGCGGAGUUGGCAUCAAUGCAACAAAUAUUCUAUUCCAACCGACCUGUGACUACCCUUUGUCUUCGGGGUGAACACAAGGAUGAUCCGGAUCUGUUCCCGGUCUUCUUGGAAGACCAGACUCACUUAACCACCAAGAGUCAACCGCACUUGCAAAUUGUGACACCGCCAUCGACUUUAACUGGCGCAUCUAGCCAUACGUCGCAGAGCUCGGUCGAUCCCCAGCUACCCGGGCCGCAACGUGACGCUGAGAAUAUCGAGUGGAUUGGCCGCAGUGGUCCUUCAGGGCAAUAUUCCAGCAGUGUUGGUAGCGAAGAUCCCUCAGACAGUAUAACAACAACACACACAAGCCCUGCAGUGCCGAUGAUAUCCACUGAGGACGCCGAAUUGAUGGAUGUUGAUUCGAAGUCAAACGCACCAGCCAAAUGUUUGUAUCUCCGUUUCCACCAAAAUGGUGUACAGAAGGAUGAUUAUCACACCGCGGUAUACCUGACCGAGCCCACUGCCAAUGAAUUGGUAGACAAGAUCUCGCAGAAGCAAAACUUCAAUCGAGAUCACAGAGUCCACCUGUUCCAUCUCAAACCAAACGGCAUGAAAAUAAUGAUUGAUGAUGAUGUUGUCGAGCGAAUUCCAAAUGGUCAGGACAUGACCGCUGAAGUAUCUGAGCUCGAGGGGUCAAACGACACGGAUACCAAUCGUGACUCAGUGCCCACCAUUGAUGUUCGAUUGUCUUUCUAGAUCUUCUUGAUGCAAGCGUAGUAUGAUCUAUGUUAUGUUUCAU